CAGACACUUUUUACUUUCGAUUUUGGAGUGGCCGCUCUUUUACCGUCUCUGCCUUUGUUUUCUUCAAAACAGUUCAAAAAUCAAAGCAGAAACAAUGAAUACGUUUCUUGCCGUCGCUCUGUUCUGCCUCCUGGGCGUCUCAUGGGCCAAAGAGUCUGAUCCAAAGGUCCAAGUGUACAGCCGCUCUCCAGGAGAGUUUGGGAAACCGAACACCCUCAUCUGUCAUGUGAGCGGCUUCCACCCACCAGAGAUCAGGAUUGAGCUGCUGAAGAAUAAUGUGGAGAUCCCCGGCAGCCAGCAAACUGACCUGGCCUUUGAGGAGAACUGGCACUACCACCUGACCAGACACGUGGCGUUCACUCCAAAGAAAGAAGAUAGGUUCUCCUGCAGAGUGACUCACAUGCAGAAAGCACCCAAGACAUACAUUUGGGAUCCAGAUAUGUAAUUUCUACCCUCCUCUGCGCUGCCGGUCUGCAAAGUCGCAAGGAAAUGAAGAAGAUUGGCAUUUUCUGCUUAUAAUUUUGUGUUUGCAUAAACCAGUGUGUAAGAUUUAGUGAUGAGGUUGCAGAUUACAACAAUUUGAAUAAUCCACCAAACCCAGAACUCCAGUCUUCCAAGUAUGUAGGGGAACCUGCAGUGUCCACGAAACUCACGAAAAAUGUGAAAGACCCUCUCUAGAGUCAGUGUUUGGGUUGUCUACUUUGGGCUACUGUGAAAACAUGAUGACCUGGAGGGUGACCCACCUGGUGAUUAUCCCAUAUUAGUGCGAAUAUAAGACAGGCUGGCUUAAAAGUAGGCCAAGUUAACCAGCAACUAAGUAACAGUAAUUUAAUGAGUGUUGUUGACAACUUGACUACUUUACUGUCUCUCGUCUGCUCCGCUGAGCUCCAUAUGUGUGUGGAGGAUCAGCUCCACCCACGUUGAAGCAAAGGAGAGGAACUCAGUGUGACCAGAACUAACAGCAAAAUGCAGCAAAAUGCAUUUUUCUGUUGUUUAUGGUCACGCUGAGUAUCUUUCCUCUCCUUUGUUUCACCGUGGGCGGGGCUGAGCACUCUGCAGAUGUAUGUAUGCUCAGCGGAGCAGACAGUGAGCCAGGUGAAGUGCUCGAGUUGACAACCACACUCAUUACAUUACAAUAAGUUCAGUAAAAGUUUUUCAAGCAAAUAAGAGUCAUUUAAUGCAAGUUGUAAGAGUUUUUUCCAAGAAUUGAGGAGUUGUUGACAACUCGGCUACUUUACUGUCUCUCGUCUGCUCCGCUGAGCUCCAUAUGUGUGUGGAGGAUCAGCUCCACCCACGUUGAAGCAAAGGAGAGGAACUCAGUGUGACCAGAACUGACAGCAAAAUGCAGCAAAAUGCAUUUUUCUGUUGUUUAUGGUCACGCUGAGUAUCUUUCCUCUCCUUUGUUUCACCGCGGGCGGGGCUGAGCACUCCGCAGAUGUAUGUAUGCUCAGCGGAGCAGACAGUGAGCCAGGUGAAGGGCUCGAGUUGACAACCACACUCAUUACAUUACAGUAAGUUCAAUAACAUUUUUCAAGCAAAUAAGAGUCAUUUAAUGCAAGUUGUAAGAAUUUUUUUCCAAGAAUUGAGGAGUUGUUGACAACUCGGCUACUUUACUGUCUCUCGUCUGCUCCGCUGAGCUCCAUAUGUGUGUGGAGGAUCAGCUCCACCCACGUUGAAGCAAAGGACAGGAACUCAGUGUGACCAGAACUGACAGCAAAAUGCAGCAAAAUGCAUUUUUCUGUUGUUUGUGGUCACGCUGAGUAUCUUUCCUCUCCUUUGUUUCACCGCGGGCGGGGCUGAGCACUCCGCAGAUGUAUGUAUGCUCAGCGGAGCAGACAGUGAGCCAGGUGAAGUGCUCGAGUUGACAACCACACUCAUUACAUUACAGUAAGUUCAAUAACAUUUUUCAAGCAAAUAAGAGUCAUUUAAUGCAAGUUGUAAGUCUUUUUCCAAAAAUUAGUCUUGUCUUAUAUUCGGGUCAAUACAGUACUGAUUAAAACAUUCUUAUGAAUAUUAUAUUCAAUUUCUGCCAAAUCUGUUCUGCUGAUUGCCACUAAAUCUUACACACUGUCAAACUUUGGCUAUAUUGCACUUAGUCUAUCAGCAUGUGUUUUUGUAAAUGGGGUUAAAGUUUCAUUAAAUAAUUGUUGAGCACAAGAAGAAUCCAAAUCUCACAACAAAGGGCCUUAUACGUCCAUUGCUGCAGUUGUAUUAUUGUGUCCAUCUAUGUACACGUCAGCUCAUAUCAUACAGAUUUAUAAAUGUGAAAUAAUUUGGGUUGGAAAAAAAAAAAAAAAUCUGCCCUCUGUUCUGCUAGUGAUGUCCUGUCAAAAGUUUAAAAGAUUAAUAUUUUGUAAUCUACAGCAACGCUGACAUAGCCACUUUCUAUCAGGCUUAUUUUAUAUCCAAGCUCAUGACACCCCACCCCCCCAACCAUGAUUACAUUAUGUUCCAACACCCUCUUUUAAUUUUUUUUUUUUCUUUUUGAAAAAGCUGUUGAUUUUAUGCGACAUUAUUUUGUACAUUUAUUCUCUGGCACUAGUGGCACUAUGUCCACUUGUUCUCUGGCUCAAAGCCAUGUGUUAUAUUUCUGUGUAAAAUGAAAUUAAAUGAAAAAACAAGCUUGCAAUCAACAUAUAAAACUGUUUUCUCUACUUAAAAUAAUCAGUAAAGUAAAAACAACAUGCAUGAACUAAAAAAAAGAAAGUUUUAAAUUAUGUGGAAUGUUAAAUUUUGGUGCCUGCCAGAUGAUGGAUGCUGGUCAUGGAUACCAGUUAGGUGAAAGUGGCUGCACACAAAAACAAAGUCGCUAAUUCAGUCACCGGCCACAUCAUUAGGCACACCUGUGAAAUCUUAUUCAAUCCAGUACAACAGCUCUGCCAUAUUUUCCACAUUCAUGAUUUCUUUUUUCCAUUUUCAGUUUUUGUUGACAUUGUCAGGAAAAUUAUCAUUUUGCUUUAUGUUGACUAAGGUCGUGCUAAGUGAUGGUGGUGUACUGGGUGCAAUCAUAUUGACUGGUGUUCCCAAUAUGUUGCCCCUCUCAUGUAAUGGGAUGGACAAAAUUUUAGGAACACCAGUCAAUAUAUUGCACCCUAGUACACCACCAUCACCCAGUAUACGACCUUAAUAAUAAACAUAAAGCAGCAUUAUGAUCUUUCUGACAAUGUCAACAAAAACUGAAAAUGAUAAGAUUCAUAAAUGUAGAAUUUAUGGCAGAGCUGUUGUAUUGGAUUGAAUUAGAUUGUGCAGGUGUACCUAAUGAAGUUGUCGUUGAGUGAACGUCACCAUGAUAAGCAGUCAUCUUUUGAUUCAAAUAGAUGUUUGUAGAAAGAAUAUUGCUUCACAGAGCUUGGAGAUCAUGAUUGAAAAGUGUUUUCAUUGUUUUGUUAGUGUGUGUAUAAUUCAUGAAAUAUGAUUAAUAUUCCAUUCAUCUAAAUUAAUAUGCAUAGUGCCUAAAAAACUUGAUACAUGCCUCUGUUGUUUCUGAAGAAUACAUGUCAGUUUGUCCAAUUUCUUUUACUCUUAAUUUAGAAAUAUAUUUGACAAUGUAUGUUUCUGGCUGUACUCAAUAAAGAGUUCUACUGGAUGACUCCCAGAA